UCUAACGAAUACAUUCCGUUUCCACCAGAGCUACUUUCUCAAGCACAGGCAGAUGUCUGACAGAAAAGGAGAGAGAGAGAGGGGCGAAAUUCCCUGCUGCAUCUCCCACGCCUUCUUCAAAGAAGCUUCCAGAAACCCUAGAAGAAUCGCAAUCGUCCAUGCCUCUGGUGGUGCUCGGGUUUUCAGAGAAUCGCACGCCAAGGCCGACUAUCUCGACUUUGAUGCCGAAGAGCUCCUCAAUCGCUACCGGGAAUCUUCUUCUCCCCCACUGUAUUCCGGGGACGAAUUCUUCACAUACGCGGACAUCUCGUCAGCCGUCAAUUCUCUGAGCUUCCGAAUCAGUCGUGUCCUGGACGGCGGUGACGAUCCUCAUUUGAUAAGACCAGAAGGUUUGUUUCAUGGGAAGAAGACAGCAAGCGAUCGAAAUUUGGAGUCAUCCACAAUGGUUGACUCAGAUUCGGCUGCUUCCAAUAAGGCCACUCCACAAAUAGUGGGAAUAUUUAUUGCCCCUUCUGCAGAAUACAUAGUUUCCAUUCUUUCAGUUCUGAGAUGUGGGGCGGCAUUCUUACCUCUAGACCCCUUCUGGCCAAAAGACAGGAUACUAUCCAUUAUUUCGUCUUCGAAGAUCCAUAUUAUCAUCAAAUGCACAUCUUUCAGCGACAGUCACCAGCUUAGAAAUGAUGAUUGGCUGGUAAACCAGGGACGUUCUUCAGUUUUAUCCGUAUCUAUGAAAGGGAAUCUUAAGGGGAGUUUUGGUCAUCCUGAUUUAGUUUGGCCCUGUGAAAGCAGAAAUCCACGAAGGUUUUGUUAUUUGAUGUACACAUCUGGAUCAACAGGAAAGCCCAAGGGUGUCUGCGGUACUGAGAAAGGUCUUCUGAAUCGCUUGUUGUGGAUGCAAGCUUUGUUUCCAUUACAUGAAGUGGACAUUUUACUGUUCAAGACAUCAAUCAGCUUUAUUGAUCAUCUACAGGAGUUUCUUACUGCUAUUCUUACUUGUACUCCGCUUAUAAUACCUCCUUUCCAUGAGUUGAAGGAAAAUCCAUUUUGCUUGUUGGAUUUCCUUAAGGCUUAUUAUGUUUCAAGGGUGACUGUUGUUCCGUCACUUAUGAGGGCAAUUCUUCCUGCUAUGCAAAGCCCAAAUGGAAGGAAGAUUCAGGAGACCUUGCAAGUCUUAGUUUUCAGUGGAGAGGUUCUAACUAUAUCUUUGUGGAAUGUUCUUCACAAGCUAUUGCCAAAAGCUGCUAUCUUAAAUUUGUAUGGAAGUACAGAGGUAUCUGGUGACUGUACAUAUUUUGAUUGUAAAAAUCUGCCAAUGAUUUUAGAGACAGAGGUACUCACCAGCGUGCCAAUUGGGGUCCCUAUUUCUAACUGUGACAUAGUGCUUGUUGGAGAAUCGGACACUCCUGAUGAAGGUGAAAUAUAUGUUGGAGGGUCCUGUUUGUCUAUAGGUUACUUAUCUGAUCCUACCAAUAUGUCUAUGGAUUAUGUAAGGUUGUUCCAAGACAGUGAACAUUCUCAUGAUCUUAUCAUGAGCAAUGAAUCUCAACUAUAUUUUAGGACUGGCGAUUUUGCUAGACAGCUACAAAGUGGCGAUUUUGUUUUCUUGGGCAGAAAAGACCGGAUGGUAAAAGUAAAUGGGCAGCGUAUUGCUUUGGAGGAGAUUGAGGAUGUGCUGAGGGAACAUCCUGAUGUGGAUGCUGCUGCUGUAACAUUCCAUAAAGGUCAAGGGGACUUUGCUUAUUUUGGAGUUUACCUUGUAUUGAAAAGAAAGGAUGAACAAUUUCACCAUGUUGAUGUAAAGCAUGCAAGUAAAGAAUUUAGCUUGUCCAUUAAAAGUUGGUUGGUCAGAAAGCUACCGCCAACGAUGAUUCCCAGCCAUUAUUUCUGUGUGGAAUCAUUGCCGAUGUCUUCCUCUGGGAAAAUUGAUUAUUCAUCACUGACAAGGACAACAUUUGCCUCAAAGCGGAUCAGAGACGAAACUGAUAGCAACCAAUGUGACGAUGACACUCUGCAAGUUAUUAAAGAGGUUUUUUGUGAUAUGUUGAUGGUUGAAGAAGUCACAGAUCAUGAUGAUUUCUUUGCGAUGGGUGGCAAUUCAGUUGUGGCUGCACAAGUUGCCCAUAAGUUAGGGAUUGAUAUGAGAUCACUUUAUAUCCAUCCCACCCCAUCUCUGCUUUUAAAAUUUCUACUGGAUAGUGAAAGCUCAUAUAAGAAUAUGUCUGACAUCGGUUCUGAUCUGGGAAUACGGUUGAAAGCGCACAAGGGUAUGUUGCAUUCUUUUGACGCGAUGAACAAUGAUGUAUACAGCAACCAGUUGCUUGGAAGGCCAACAGAAGCAGCUGUUGGAGAACAGGUGCUUAAUUUUGCAAAACAACUUGAUAAAGAUCAACUGAUAAAGCUUUCUACGGGGAAAAAUUAUUCUCCUAUUAGUUUUAAAUCUUCAGAGACAAAUUCAAAAGUAUGUAAAACUUCAAACAGUAAAGGUUGGAUUGCAAGUUUUUGUUUACCUAUGGCGGUUUCAUUCAGCCGCUGUAACAAGGUUAUGCAUGAAUUGGAGCUGGAGAGGAAUAAUGUACAUCAAUCAUGCCUAUCAGUUGAAAUUUCAAGAAAUGGAAAGGGUUUUAUGCAAGAGUUAUGGAAAGUUCCUCUGAAUUCAUGCGUUGAUGCGUCGCCAUUGGUGGUUUUGAAGGAUGGUGAAGUCUGUUUAUUGAUUGGAUCUCAUUCACACAUGUUUCUCUGCGUCAAUGCUCUAAGUGGUUUGGUUCGAUGGAAGGUCAAGUUGGAAGGUCGUAUUGAAUGUUCAGCAGCUAUUACUGGUGAUUUUUCUCAGGUUGUAGUUGGAUGUUACCAGGGAAAUAUCUAUUUUCUUGAUUUUAAGACUGGUGAAGUCUCUUGGUCUUUCCAGACAGGGGGUGAGGUUAAAUCACAGCCAGUUGUGGACAAAUACAGACAUAUGAUCUGGUGUGGGUCACAUGAUCACAAUCUGUAUGCUUUGGACUACAGAAAACAUUGCUGUGUUUACAAGGUCUCAUGUGGCGGGAGCAUUUAUGGAUCACCUAUAAUUGAUAAGGUACAUAACGUGCUUUAUGUGGCAUCUACCAGUGGGCGUGUGACGGCUAUAUCAAUAGAGCAGGCAUGUCCAUUCGGCACUCUAUGGCUGUAUGAGUCGGGAGCACCCAUUUUUGGAUCUCUUUCUAUCAAUCCUCAGAAUGGAGAUGUUAUUUGUUGCUUGGUGGAUGGACAUGUCAUGGCAUUGAACUCAAGUGGCUCCAUCAUCUGGAAGGCAAUUACAGGGGGUCCGAUAUUUGCUGGAGCUUGCAUUUCGUCUGUACUUCCUUCCCAGGUGUUGGUGUGUUCCAGAAAUGGCACUGUUUACUCAUUUGAAUUGGAGGGAGGAGGCUUACUGUGGGAAUAUGAAGUUGGAGACCCAAUUACUUCAUCUGCUUAUAUCGAUGAAAACACUCAAUUGAUAUCCGAUCCCUCCCAUCCAUCAGACAGGUUGGCCUGCAUUUGCAGCUCUUCAGGAAGCAUACAUGUUCUUAGAAUAGACCCAAAUGCUGUAAAAAAGAGAGAUCAACAGGUAGAAGCUGCAGCAGGUCCAAUCGUACAGAAAUUUACGAAUAUGGACCUUCCGGGAGAUAUUUUCUCUUCACCUGUGAUGAUUGGCAGUCGAAUAUUUGUGGGUUGCAGAGAUGACCAUGUGUACUGUAUCGAUGUUGUUUGUCAGCCACAUCAAGGCUAGAUUUCCCUGAGGAAAUAUAUUCAUUUGUAGUCGUAUCCCUUCCUUUUUUUCUCCCUUGUUCUUAUUCUUUUUUUUUUGUUGUGUUCUGUAAAAGAAACUUGGGAAAUGUUGGGGGCUUGAAAUCUGCAAGAGCUAAGCCAUUCAUCAGGGAGGCCCUGCCAAGUAUAUGGCAGCUUAUCGGUUCACAACUUGUUGGAUGUAGACUGUUGACCAAUUAUUUUAACCAUUCAUUUUUCACA